CGGACGAGACCAAUAUACAAACAGUAAAUGGGGUUUCCCAUCUUAAUACCACUUUAAUCGUCCGCUUCCUCGUUUUAACAGUGCCCCAUUUCGUUUGGUUUUCAUGGAAGACCAAGGGGACUGGGUUCUGGUGCGGCGUCCCACCGACGCAGAUUUCUGGAGUCCAAAUUUGAAGGAAAUGGAUAAUUCUCAACCUCUCAAGCUUCGGUUCUUUGAGCCUGCUAAGCACUGGACUGAUGCCUUGCCCAUCGGCAAUGGCCGCCUUGGUGCCAUGGUCUGGGGCGGCGUCGCCUCCGAGACAUUGCAGCUCAAUGAUGACACUCUUUGGACUGGGGUGCCUGGGAACUACACAAAUCCAAAUGCUCCGCAGGCACUAUCACAGGUCAGAGAACUUGUCGAUAAAGGCCAAUACGCUGAAGCUACUCAAGAAGCUUUCAAGUUAUCAGACAGUCCCUCUGAUGUUUACCAGCCUCUAGGUGAUGUCAAGCUAGAGUUUGAUGACUCCCAUGCUACAUAUGAUGUAGAAACUUAUCAGAGAGAGCUCGAUUUGGAUACUGCAACAGUAAAAGUGAAGUAUGUUGUGAACAAUGUAGAAUUCACAAGGGAACAUUUUAGCUCAUAUCCAAAUCAAGUAAUAGUGACAAAGAUUUCUGCAAGCAAAGCAGGGUCUCUUUCCUUUACAGUAUUCCUAGACAGCAAGUUACAUCAUCAUUCAUACGUAAGUGGGAAGAAUCAAAUUAUCCUGGAAGGAAGUUGUCCUGGUAAAAGGGUUCCACCUAGAGCUAAUAUAAAUGGUAAUCCAGAGGGAAGGAUUUCACCUGAAGCUAAUGUAAAUGAUGAUCCGAAGGGAAUUCAAUUCUCUGCAAUUCUUGAUUUGCAGAUUAGUGAUGGCAUGGGAACAAUACAUGUUUUGAAUGAUAGGAAGUUGAAGAUUGAGGGUACCAACUGGGCUAUUUUGCUUCUGGUGGCUGCAUCUUCAUAUGAUGGGCCAUUCACCAAACCUUCUGAUUCAAAAAAGGAUCCUAAUUUGGAGGCUCUUAACACACUGACGUCAAUUAGGAAUAUAUCAUAUUCUGAUCUUUAUUCACAUCAUUUGGAUGAUUACCAGAAUCUAUUUCACCGUGUCACACUUCAGCUUUCAAAAAGCUCCAGAAAUGCCAAGGGCAAUGCAUUUUGUGGGAUGAAGAAUGAUGGUCGAAUUUCAACUGCAGAAAGAGUGAAGUCCUUCCAAACAGAUGAGGAUCCUUCUUUGGUGGAGCUUCAGUUCCAGUAUGGUCGGUACUUGCUUAUUUCUUCUUCAAGGCCUGGAACUCAGGCAUCAAACCUACAGGGAAUAUGGAACAAGGAUAUUGAGCCAGCAUGGGAUUGUGCUCCUCACUUGAAUAUCAAUCUUCAAAUGAAUUACUGGCCUUCCCUUUCUUGCAACCUUAGUGAGUGCCAAGAGCCCUUGUUUGAUUACAUUUCUUCUUUGUCAGUCAAUGGAAGUAAAACAGCACGGAUCAACUAUGAAACAAGUGGUUGGGUGGUACACCAAGUUUCAGACAUAUGGGCAAAAACAUCCCCAGAUCGAGGUGAUCCUGUUUGGGCCUUUUGGCCAAUGGGUGGAGCAUGGCUUUGCACACAUCUAUGGGAGCAUUACACUUUUACAAUGGACAAGGGUUUCUUGGAACAUAAAGCAUAUCCUUUAUUGGAAGGGUGUGCAUCUUUUCUACUGGACUGGUUGAUUGAAGGCCGUGAAGGAUAUUUAGAGACCAACCCGUCAACAUCUCCAGAACAUAGAUUCAUUGCCCCAGAUGGUAAGCCUGCAAGUGUCAGCUAUUCAUCAACUAUGGACAUGGCAAUCAUAAGGGAGAUUUUCUCUGCUGUUAUCUCUGCUGCCGAGGUUUUGGACAAGAGUCAGGAUGAUCUAAUUUCAAAGGUUAGGAGUGCACAGCCUAAGCUCUACCCAACAAAAAUUGCUAGAGAUGGGUCAAUUAUGGAAUGGGCAGAAGAUUUCAUAGACCCAGAAGUGAAUCAUCGUCAUCUGUCACACCUGUUUGGCUUGUUCCCAGGCCACACAAUAACUGUUGAGAAAACUCCAGACCUAUGUAAGGCUGCUGACUAUACUCUUUACAAAAGAGGAGAGAAAGGCCCAGGAUGGUCAACUGCAUGGAAGAUUGCUCUUUGGGCUCGUCUUCGGAAUAGUGAGCAUGCGUAUCAAAUGGUGAAGCAUUUGUUUGAUUUGGUUGAUCCUGACCAUGAAAGUAACUUUGAAGGAGGGCUUUAUAGCAACUUGUUCACUGCACACCCUCCUUUCCAGAUAGAUGCAAAUUUUGGUUUUACGGCAGCAGUUGCAGAAAUGCUUGUUCAGAGCACUCAAAAGGACCUGUAUUUACUUCCUGCACUUCCAAGGGAGAAAUGGGCAAGUGGAUGUGUGAGAGGUUUAAAGGCUCGAGGUGGUGUGACAGUUAAUAUUUGCUGGAAGGAAGGAGAGCUUCAUGAAGUUGGUAUCUGGUCAAAGAACCAGAACUGUUAUAAGAGAUUACAUUACAACGGAACUGUUGUCACUGCAAACAUAUCAUCCGGCAAAGUCUACACGUUCAACAGAAUGCUAAAAUGUGUGAGGACAAACAUUCUGUCUAAAGCAGAUCUUUCUUCGGUUUGGUGAGAUCAAUUUAAUCUCAUGAAGAGGUUAUCCCUUUUAUUUUGGGCCAACAAGUCCGCUGAAACAGUUUCUCUUUAUACUUUUUCUUUUCUGACAAGUUAUUCCAUAGAUGAUUUAGUCAGAUUCUUCUUCUUCUUGGUGACUGGUUUUCCAUUUGAAAAUUCUAUUGCAUUGACCACAUUGCAAUAAUACCCAAAAAAAGAUCACAUUGCAAUUA